CGUCCGCACGGGUUUCGGCUCUAGUCGGUUAUACUCGCGCCAGCCGUCGUGACAGGCGAUUGUGAAUCGCUAUUUGGCUUCGUUUAUUCCGGUUGUGUGGCUUGUGUUAUAGCAUUUUUUCAAUACCAAGUAUACCAAUCUACCUGUAGUCACGUACGUCAUUCACUCAGUGUCAAAGUGUUGUUGGGACGCUUUGGUAUAAAACAUUAUUUUGUUACCUUAUUCGGCGUUAGUUUAACAAUCGUCACGUAAAAUAACAAUUUUAAGUGACCUUGCGUGUUCGUAUUUAAAGUGAUUCCACUUAGGUAUUGCGCAUAAAGUGACAGACUGUAAAAUGUCAGAGAAUACACAAGAUGUUCUUAAAGAUGCUGCUACUGGUGCCGCUGCAGCAGCCGCCGUCGGUGGAUCCUUGUUUAGCACUUUUGAUAUAGUAGUGCUUAUAAUUUUAUUAGGCGGAACCAUUUGGUGGUUGUAUAACUCAAAGAAGGAAAAUAAGAAGGACGAGAUACUUCUCAGCAAAUAUUCAAUUCAAGCGGCGGGUUCGAUUCAAGUGACAGAAAACUCUUUUAUAAACAAACUAAAAUCUUCUGGAAGAAGUUUAGUUGUAUUUUAUGGCUCACAAACGGGUACUGCAGAGGAAUUCGCGGGACGACUGGCCAAGGAGGGGAUGCGGUACAAGAUGAAGGGCAUGGUCGCUGACCCGGAAGAAUGUGAUAUGGAAGAAUUGAUGAAAUUGCAAGAAAUUCCAAACUCUCUAGCUGUAUUUUGUAUGGCCACGUAUGGUGAAGGUGACCCUACUGAUAAUUCCAUGGAAUUUUAUGAGUGGAUAAAAAACGGAGACCCGGAUCUGACAGGAUUAAAUUAUGCCGUAUUUGGUUUGGGUAACAAAACUUACGAGCACUACAAUGCUGUCGCUAUAUACUUGGACAAGCGGCUUGAGGAACUCGGGGCUACAAGGGUGUUUGAGCUUGGGCUGGGAGAUGAUGAUGCAAAUAUUGAAGAUGAUUUCAUAACAUGGAAAGACAAGUUUUGGCCAGCGGUAUGUGAAAAAUACAACAUAGAGAGCACUGGUGAAGAAGAAUUAAUAAGACAGUUCCGUUUAGUUGUGCACGCUCCUGAUGAAAUACCACCAAACAAUGUGUUUACUGGCGAAAUAGCCAGGUUACACUCCUUGCAAGUACAAAGACCUCCCUAUGACGCGAAAAAUCCAUUCCUAGCUCAAAUCAAAGUGAACAGAGAACUCCACCAUGGUGGCGACAGGUCUUGUUUACAUGUGGAGCUUGACAUUUCAGAUUCCAAAAUGCGUUAUGAAGCUGGUGACCAUGUGGCCAUAUACCCUAUCAACGAUUCAAACCUGGUGGAAAGACUUGGAAACCUAACAGGCUCAAAUCUUGACGAGAUUUUCUCACUUAUCAACACUGACCAAGAAAGCACAAAGAAGAAUCCAUUCCCAUGCCCGACGUCUUACAGAACAGCUCUGUCGCACUACAUAGAAAUAACUGCAUUACCUCGCACGCACAUCCUUCGGGAACUUGCAGAGUAUUGUGCGGAUGAAAAAGAUAAACAACAACUGCUUCUGAUGGCAACUAACUCGCAAGAAGGGAAAGCCUUAUACCAGUCGUUUGUGGUGGACGCGUGUAGAAACAUUGUGCACAUAUUGGAGGAUCUUCCAUCUUGUAAACCACCUAUGGAUCACAUUUGUGAACUUUUACCGCGUUUGCAACCAAGAUAUUAUUCCAUUUCUUCGAGUCCUAAAUUGCAUCCUGAAACUGUCCACAUUACGGCAGUCGUAGUGCAGUACAAGACGCCGACCGGUCGCGUCAACAAGGGCGUUGCCACCACGUGGCUCGCCCAGCACAAGCCAGAGGAAGGAAAGCCGCUUCCGCGCGUCCCGGUUUAUAUUAGAAAAUCGCAGUUCAGGUUGCCAAUGCAGCCGCAGACGCCUAUUAUAAUGGUAGGGCCCGGAACAGGGCUGGCCCCGUUCCGUGGGUUCUUACAAGAGAGAGCGUUCGUGCGCGCUAACGGCAAGGAAGUUGGAGACAACAUUCUGUACUUCGGCUGUAGACAUCGAGACCAGGAUUAUAUUUACAAAGAGGAACUGGAAGAGUUUGAGAAAAACGGUGACGUUCAACUUAAAUUGGCGUUUUCACGUGAUCAAGCCCAUAAAAUUUACGUCACUCAUCUGUUAGAAAAGGAUUUGGAUCAAUUGUGGGAUAUAAUUGGCAAUAGAAAUGGACAUUUCUAUAUUUGCGGCGAUGCCAAGAACAUGGCCGUUGAUGUGAGAAAUAUAGUCCUAAAAGCAAUCCAAGAGAAAGGCGGACGCACAGAAUCGGAAGCUGUGCAGUUCCUCAAGAAAUUGGAGUCUAUGAAGAAAUAUUCCGCUGACGUUUGGAGUUAAAUUAUUUUCUGGACUUUCCGCUUAGCAAAAUUUUAAUCAUAGACAAUGUCGACUUGCAUGUGUACGCAUAAGAGCUAGGUUUGUGAUAAUAAGGUAAAAUGUUGGGCUCAAGCGGUACAAUAACUGUGUGUUAUGAAGUCCAACAUUUAAUUGGGUAUAUUAUCAAAAUCAAAUUACUAUACGUAAAGAAUACCUGUUUAACGCGAGUUUUAUUUAAAUAAAAGUAGAUAGUACAUACUGAUGACAGGGUUUGGUUGCAUAUAAAAGUUGUUACCUAUUUGUACAUUUGGUUUUUAUAAAAUUAAAUAUAUGUGUGUGAAAUUACUAUAGUAAUCAUGGGCAUAGCCACAGUGGGCAAGAAUGGUAUACAAAAGAAUUGCACGUAAUCUGAUUAAUAUUUACAAUGGAUUUUAUGAAUAGUCUCUGAAAAAUCAUUCCACCUCAUUCCUUGUUAUUCAUAUUAUUAUUUCGCCAUAGUAUAGUGUCCAAGGCUUCUUACGAGUAUAUGGAAUAUGUAUGGAAUACCUAACUAUUUACCUAGUAUAAAUAAAGGUGGAAGCGUUAAGUGUGAUGUGUGUGACGAUUGUGCCUUCUUUUAAAAAAUAUCAUUAAAAUAACGUACAUACCUUCUAUAUAGUCACAGAAGUGAAUUUCGUCGAAUUGAAUUUGGCAUACUUAGAAAAUGUAUAAUGACGAAAAAUUGCAGUAACAGGAAGUGAUCGAUUAAGGAAUUAUCGCUCAAUUAAUGAGCUUGAAAAUUUGCUCACGGAAUUGAGUCUGAACACCUAAUAUUGGUGUUCAAAUUAUGUUUUAAUGUUAAUAGUAAAUAUUUGAGUCACAAAAAAUCUGUCAUUAUUGCAAUAUAUAUUUAUAAAAAAAGUUUUAGUGUCAGAAUUUAGUUUAUGCAAUUUAUUGUGUAAUAUCAACGUAUCUAGCCCGUGUAAUCUACAGAAUAAGUCUUGAUUCACGUGAGCUGUUUAUGAGUGGGUGGUAGAUGCGAGACGAACCUUAUCCAAUCCCAAUGGAUAUAUCUGAAGGAAAGUGUAGUGAAAGGAACAUAGAUAUCAAUAUACCCUUGUUUUAAUACUAGACUGAGAUUACCUGUAGUAGUGCAUUACCCUAGAUAUACGCAUUAUAUCUUAAAAAGUCGUGGUUAUGCCCAUGAUAAUAUAAUUGUUAACAAAUUUUAAAUAUUGUAAGUGGACUGGGCAAUGGAUUAAACUGAUUACAUGUUUACAAUUGUAACUUUUAUAUUAUUAUUAUGUUUAUAAUAAAUAUUUUUGUGACUAUUA